AUCCCAUAUUUAGAUACGUAAAAUAUAUGAGAACGCAAAUUAGAGCUCGCUGCAUACCUUAGCCGAUUGGCAACACACCACUAAAGAAUAAAAUCAUAAUAGUUGAGCGGUGGUGGCGCCAUUGGGAAAAAGUGGACAGUUAUUAUCAGCUGGCCACCGACUCGAGCACAUGGUUUUGUUUCAUAAAAUUGAAUAUUCAGUUGUUUUGCUUCAGUGGCUUUAUGAGAAUUGCAAAAUUGUGUUUCCAAGUCUUCAAGGUAUGUAUUACACUUUGAUACUCAUAUAGAUUACUCAGAAGUUGUUUUUUUUUUGAAAAAUUGUGAAUUUGUUUUGAUGCCGAUUGGCAACAUCAUGCAUUUGGGGUAUAGUUGUAAGUGCUGGUGUUGUUUCAGAAUGAGUAAUGCAAAGCGAAUUCUAUCAGAAGCAGAGCUGAUAAAAUAUUGGGAAAACUUUACCGGUCUAGAAAGUGAGGAUGGUGGGGAUGAAUGUGAAACGGAUAGUGAAGAUGAACCUUCUUGUUCUGUUCCAGAAAACGAUUUUACUGAUGAAGUAGGUUUGGUCGAGUUCCCAGGAGAACCGUUGGAGACAAUUGAACAAGAGGUUAGCGACAAUGAAGAUAAUUUGCCCUUAUCCUUUUUUCAACAAAAUGACAAACAGAAGAAGGUUACUCAAGAAAAUAUCAUAUGGAAACAAAAAGCUAUGCAGCUAAACGAGGACCAGUUACAAUUUCACGGAGAAACAGAACUUGCUACUGAUAUUCGUAAAUUAGAAUCACCAUACGAUUUUUUUACUUACUUUUUUUCGAAGGAACUUUACGAUAAAAUUGUCGAAGAAACGAAUUUAUUUUCUGUCCAGAAAAAGCCAGAGAGGCCUACUGUCUUUACAGAUAUUGAUAUAAAACAAUAUAUUGGUAUAGUAACGUACAUGUCCUUAGUCAAUAUGCCAAACACCCGAUCUUUCUGGAGUGAUGAUCUUCGAUUCUCGAACAUAGCUGAUGUUAUGCCAGUAAACAAGUUCGAGAAAAUCAGGCAGUACAUUCACUUCAAUGAUAAUGAUGCUUUCAUUCCUCCUGAUCGUCCUGGACACGAUAGGCUGCACAAAAUAAGACCCCUGGUCGAUCAUUUGAAUAAAAAAUGUUCGUCAGUUGCUUUGGAGCAACAUCUUAGUACAGACGAACAAAUGUGCUCCACCAAAGUGAGACACUAUAUGAAACAAUACAUGCCGAUGAAACCCCAUAAGUGGGGUUUCAAGUUCUUUGUUUUAGCAGGUGUGUCUGGUUUUGCAUAUAAAUUUGAGAUCUAUACUGGUCAGGAAAAGUUUAAAAACACAGAAGAUAAUGAGCCCAAUUUUGGAGUUACUUCAAAUAUAGUAUUACGAUUAGCAAGGAUCAUACCAAGGAUGAAAAAUUAUAGAUUAUAUCAUGAUAGUUACUACACAGCUGUUCCACUCAUGGUGCAUCUCGCAAAACAAGGAAUUUUCUCUUUGGGUACUAUACGUCGCAACAGAUUACCAAAUUGUCAAUUACCUAAUGAAUUAUCACUGAAAAAAGUAUCUCGUGGUACUAGCCAUGAAUAUGUAGCCACAGUUGAUGGUGUGGACAUAUCUUCAUUGAUUUGGAAAGACAACAAAUAUGUUACGCUCAUAUCAUCAUUUGCUGGGAAAAACCCAGUUUCAAAAGUAAAAAGAUUCGAUCGAAAGAAAAAGGAAAAGAUUGAGGCCGAUUGUCCCUAUAUCAUUUCUGCAUUCAACCGCCACAUGGGAGGAGUGGAUUUGCUAGACAGCUUGAUGGGGAGAUAUAAGAUACGUCUGAAAAGUCGAAAAUGGUACAUGAGAAUAUUCUACCAUCUUAUUGAUAUGACCCUUGUGAAUGCUUGGUUACUCUACAAGAGAGUGCAUUCUGAAAACGGUCGUGCUAGCAAAGUCAAGAAUCAGGCCGAAUUUCGCUCUGAAGUUGCCUUUCAUUUGUGCCAGUUAGGUGCAUAUCGUACCAAACGUGGUAGACCUAGUAACUUGGAGUCUGAGAUCGAAGAGAAAAGAAAAAGAGGUCCAACUAAACAUGUGCCACCUAAAGAAGUACGCACAGAUCAAACUGGUCAUUGGCCGAUGCCGCAAGAUUUGAAAAUGAGGUGCAAAUAUCCCAACUGUGUGGGUUUCACACGUACCAAGUGCGAAAAAUGUGGAAUUGGGUUGUGCCUAAACAAAAACAAUAACUGUUUC